AUGCAGAUCCCGUAUAAUCAAUAUGCCCAGCCUCAGGACCCGCGCAGCCCAUCCCCAUAUGCGCCUUCUUCCCCCUAUCAGCAACAGAGUGGGCCUUAUGAGGCUCCGCAGCAACCACCCUACGGAUCUCCGGGUGGCCCUCCGCCGUCGUAUAAUCAGUAUGCGCUGCCAAGCAACCAACCAUAUCCUCACCAGUCGCAACCGAGCUACUCUGGACACCAGUCACCCUACCAGGACUCACAGUCUCCUCCUCCCCAAGGCUAUCAAUACAGCGCACCAGCUCAGCAACAGUACGCAUCUCCACCACCAAGUCACUCCCCGUACCAGCGAGAGCCACCAAGCCACCCACAGGGCUCACCGUCUCAGAGCGAAUAUGGCGCAGCUGCAAGCUAUAUGAACCCGGGCCAGCCGGAUGACCAAGAGCGCGGAGUAAUGGGUGCCCUAGCCGGCGGCGCGGCCGGAGCAUGGGCGGGCCACAAGGUGAACCACGGCUUCCUGGGUGCUCUGGGCGGCGCAUUUGCGGGUCACAAGCUGCAGGACGCCAUCAGCGACCACAACAAGCAAAAGAAGGAGGAGAAGAAGCAAUCCCACUCGCCCCGGCCACAGCAGCACGCACAACAGCCGCCGCCGCCUUCGCACUCCCCAAGGCCGCACUACGCGGGCAACUUCUCCGCCUCGUCUAGUCAGAUGAACAUCGACGGGGACUACGACCUCAUCGCCUCGUGCAGGCGCAUGGACGGGAGCCAGAGGUUGACUUCCAUCAGCCUGAACAACUGCCUGACGAAUACUGAUGGGCAUUUCCGGUGGGCCAAGGGUGGCAACUUUGGCGCCUCGGCCAGGAACGUGCGCCUUAUUGACGGUGGUCGGACUCUGGAGGCUGAGCUCAGGAAUUGUGGUGGCGGCUGGGUGUGGGACCGUAUCGCGCUGGAUGAGAAGAUUUCGAACCGCAAUGGGGACUUGGUGAUGUUGUGA